AUGCUCUAUCUAGGCAUUGUGGUGGACAAGACAUUGUUGUACAAGGAGCACAUAAAAAAAGCGGCAGAGAAGGCGGACAGAAUUGGUGGACAACUCGUCCGGAUCAUGCCCAAUGUAGGGGGGCCUAAAGAAUUAAGAUGUCGUCUGCUGUCUUCAGUGGUGCACUCCGGGCUGCUAUAUGGCGCACCAUCAUGGGCGGACACGUUAGAUUACGUCCCAAAAAAUGCCAAAAUACUUAACCAAGCUCAGCGGAAGGUAUUGCUAUGCCACAUCCGCGCAUAUCGAACGGUGUCUGAGGUGGCAACCAACAUUCUGUCAUCCACCCCCCUGGCAGACAUCAUUGCGAGGGACAGGGAAAUGGCCUUCGUACGGAGGCGCAUACAACCGGACGUGGAGGUCAAGACGUCGGCAAGAGCGAAUGCCCCGUCUAGAAACGAAAUAAUGCUACGGAGCUGGAAAAACAGAAUAGAAACAGCCGAAACGGGAGCAUGGACCAGGACACUGGUUCGCGACAUUGGGUCUUGGUGCAACCGAGAACACGGUCAAAUGAUGUUCCAUAUGACCCAGAUGAUGUCCGGCCAUAGAUGCUUUAGCCAUUAUCUACAUCGGAUCGGUAAAGAAAACUCCGAUGCUUGCCACCAUUGCAUUGAUGGUUUGGAUGAUGCUAGGCACACGCUGCUCGAAUGCGAUGCCUGGGAGUCUGAAAGAAGCACCCUGUCAAGAAGUCUUGGAGGUCCAAUCCGAACAAACUCUUGUAGACAACAUGAUUGCGGAUGA